AUGGAGAGCUCCCCGGGAACGGGCGAUCUACUCGCCCACGGUCCACCGCCGGAUGCGUCCCAGACUUCGACCUCCCCAACACAACCGGAGCCUGUAUCCGAGCAAUCACACUCUCUUUCUCGCUCCUCCUCACUUUCGCAGAAUAAACGACCCUCACUAUCACGGGCUAAUACUGCAGCCCGACAUGCCAAACGCCUGACCUUGAACCUACCCAUUCAUUUCCCUCUAAACGAAUUCCCAGCUGCAACUCCCGAUAGCGCUGCUGCAUCCCCGGCUUCCAUGACCCCAGUCACACAGUCGUCAAGUCGCCCCUCCACCGGGCUUCCUGCACUCCCCACGGGGACACCCAUCCCCUUCGAUGUUCAAGAUGAUGGCUACGACUUUCUGCGGGCCAUCGCUUCUCAGGAACGGAAGGUGAUGGAGCUCCGCGAGGAGCUGCAGCGGGCAGAGGCCGAUCUGUCAUCCAUCAAGAAGCAAUGGGCGCUGUCGGAGAAAUCGAGGAAACGUACCGAGAUCAGUCAUCAUGCAGAGCCGAUGCUACCACUUCGAUCUCCCGAUGUGAGUGGGGCGGAGAUCUCGAGCUUGAAUUCACACCGUCGGGAACAAAGCAUGAGUUCGGUGGCUAGUUCAGGCAUCUCUCAGGAGCGAAUCAGUCGGGAGCUGGAUCGGCGCUCAAGUAUUCGCGCCACCCCCACAAUUCCUGCCGGCACAACCAUUUCAUCCAAUGGUCGCCGGGUCUUCCAAGGCUCCCAUGCACGCACUCUGUCUCUUCUGUCCCCCGUUACUGCUACCUCCGGUCUGAGUCCUGGUCUGCCCGAUCCUGAACGUAUUGGUCGGACUCCACGGUCAGCCACCCUGCCAUCGGUUGAACGCAUGAAUACUGUUCCGAGCAUGGUGGCACCGAUCGACGAGAGCCAGGUACCAGAACACCUGCUCGCCCAGUGGCGGAAGACCUUGCCUCCUCCAUCUCGGGAGGCUCUUAUGCGGACAGGAAAACAGAUGGCAUCAGAUUUGCGCGAGGGUCUGUGGACAUUCUUGGAGGAUAUUCGACAAGCCACUGUGGGCGAGGAAGGUAUCAACGGAACCGAAUCACGAACCGUCUCAUCGCCAAACUCGCUAGCACCACCGAACACGCGGAAACGGGAUUCGCUCGCCAAAUCACGGAGUCGGGAGAGACUAUCGGUCGCGGGGGACAUUUCAAGAUCUUCAUCAUCUUCGUCGCGGGGUAGGGGGCCAGCGGCUGAGCCAACAUCCGGUAAAGACUCCAAGCCGGCGGACAUCGCCUCUUCGUUCUGGCAUGAAUUUGGCGUUGAUUCACCAGCGCAGAAGUCUCCCGGCGCUCGUCGCAACCCCUCCGACAACAACAACAACGGCGCCACGACCCCGCGGGGCGAGAAAGAACACGAGCAACGCGGUCACCGCUCCGGCAGUCCAGUCAACGAGGAGGAUGAUACGGCCGAUAAUUGGGAUGUUUGGGAUACCCCCUUGUCCGGGAACAAGAUGUCACAUACACCCUCGUCUAGUCGGUCAACGGUCGAAUCGAAACAUGACCAGUCACCCACGACGCAGGGUAGUAGUCCACGAACGAGUGCUAGCUUUGGCGAGUGGAAUCCCAAUUCCGCCGCUCCUGAUCCCAGUGAAACCGAAGGCAUCCCUUGGCCUGUCAUCACCAAGCUGGCACCCUCCAAGCUCCAACGAACUGCCUCCAACCUCAUGGCUGAAUGGGAGCGCAGUCUGUCGCCAUCUCCGGAACGAAAAGAUUCGUCUUCCGGCAAAAGCAGCAAAAAGGAUUAA